UAUCACGCCCACCGCCAAAGCCACAACCCGUCCAAACUGCCAGCUUUCCGCUUUGCCGACCUGCAAAAAAAGUCGCUUGCACUGCCGUCAUUGCUGCACCAAAAGGGAAUUCCACCCUCGCCUGUCUCCCCCGACCACGACGAAACAAUCACACAAGCAACAAGCACGCACCAACGGCACAAUCACAAUCCUGUCUCACCCGAACAAUCAACCGCGAACGCGUCCCCGAAAACGAGUCCAACCAGGUCUCGGGCAUCCACGUUGCAGACGGCAACGGCCUUGCCCUCAAGUAACGUGAAGCGCGGCAUCAAGUCACCGACCGACUCCACUACAACCAUAGUGGCUGCACGGUCGCAAAUACAACGCGCCCCAGCUUCUUACAGUUCAAAUGGUAUAGAGACUGCGACCGGUUCCCCUUCGGCAUUGAGCACCAAACGGCAAAACUCUGUUGACGGUAGUCAAACGUCAAGCAGACCGCCUUCCGACGACGUCACUAAAGAUUGGGCGCAGGGCCAAAGAGAGCUACUGCUCCCAAAGACGGUGCAGCGAGCCGAUGAUAAGAAAGGCUUGGUACGACGUCCACCAGUCUCCUACAAACCACCAACCACGGCCAACGCAGGAACUACAACCGCCGUACCGCCGAUUCGAUCAUUUCGGUCCUCAGGCUCCCGGAGAAGCCUUGUUCUCGAUAUGAACAUCCGAAAUAUGCGCUCCUACGACGGGGGCGACGACUACACCGAUAAAACCCACCGAGACAGAACCCUGAGGGCGCUUGAAGGCCGACAGGACGAUGAUGUUCAGCAGUUGACACCACCCGAUUCGGCUACCGACCAGCCAGAUAUCGACGACAGCGGCGACGUGUUUCUAAGAAUCGCACAGGAGGAUCGCCGACGGGCCGCUGGUGAGAAUGGCGGCUACACGGAAAGCUCCAGCGCAUCCCGAGUCGUACGGUCGGCGCACCGUCGCCCAUUGUCGGCGGCUAUUCCGUCAUACCAGCCCACAUCGCCGCCUCAGGUCUUGAGGCGCUUGUCGGAUCAGCCAGAGACUUCAAGAGCCAGAACUUAUGGCAAAGACCAAUCAGCCGAGCGCAUCACUCGUACAUUAACCUACAGGGGAUUGGCGAGAGAGAAGACUACAGACGACUCCAAGCCUAAAGGAAGUGGUAUCCCCUCGAGACCUUCGCCGCUGACGCCGCGGUCAUUGGCUUUCCAGGAUGGUUCGUCAGAAGGCGCUUCUGCGUACAACCGUAGGCGGCAGUCCAUUACCGACUCGCGCAUGUCCUCCCUCAAACAAUCUGCACUCUCCCCUUAUACCCACGGACGCACCUUUAACUCCUCUCCUCUCGUGCCCAAAGCUAUGGAAUCUCAAAGAAAUGAAAGCACCCAACAGACUGACCACAACGGUCAUGAGGGCACCGAUUCUUCUGCGUCUACAGCCGCACCAUCGACAGUAUGGGACGAAUUGGAUGACAUGAAAUCUCGCAUACACCGCCUCGAAUUGACGGGCAAGCUUCCUGCCACGUCUGGUGCAGCUAUUUCUCGAGCAACAGAGGAGCGGCCACCUACCGCUACCACAAAUGCCACUACCAUGUCCGCGUCACCGAAGCGCGGUUCCGGCAGCGCCGUACAACAAACUGAUGUUGUCAGUACAGCAUCUUCACAAAGGGAGGGUCAUCCCAUCCUCCAAUCCGCCCUGAACAAAUCUAAACCAUUCUUGGGGUCCGAUAUCUACAGUGCACUGGAGACAGCCGCUACAGAUGCUCUGGCUCUUGCCGCCAUGAUUGGCCCCGCUGGUCAACCCGGCCCCAUCUCAAGCGGCGCGAGCAACAUUGGUAGCGGUGGUAAUAUCACAGAUCGUCAACUACGGCGAAAAGCGGAUAGUAUCUGCCGUAGUUUGACGGAACUGUGCCUGGCCCUCAGUGAAACCGCAGCUCAGAUCAAGCAGCAACAGGAACCAGCUCGAGCCUCAACGCCGGACCCCAAAUCCGAACCCGACCUGGAAGCCAGUCCCACAAUUACUAGAUUCUCCGGACUGGCUGCGCAAAGACGAUCAAGUGCAGCCCUCAUAGAACGCAGCCCGGCAGCCCUGACAACAAGCCCCAGAACACUUACUCGACUCGAGGAGAAACGUAAUAGUAUGAUGUUUAAUACACUGCCCAGCCCGAGCUCCCGGUACGGAGCGAAUAUCCCUCCAACGCCGGAACGGUCUGCUCGAAAAACGUCUUUGAUGGUUUCCCGCACCCGUCGUGCGGUAACGGAAGAGCCCGAAGACCAAGUCGGACGCCAGACGACCAUGUUGAGAACUCGCCGUGCGGGAACGGAAGAGCCUGAGGAGCCACCUUCGGGUCGCAAGUCAUCUCUGCUUCGAACUCGUCGAGCCGCUGCUGAUUUUGAUGACGAAGAAACGAUUCGGUUUCGAGGUCCUGCGCGCGCCGCCACAGAGGCCGCCGCUACUAAGCCAGCUGGAAGCCGUGAAUACAACUCACACAUGCCAUUGCCAUCCAUCGAGACCAAUUCUUUAACCUCGUCAGCUUUGCCUAGACGGCGAGUGGCGUCAUCGAUACUAAGCACUCGAUUAGUCCAACCAUCCACUACGUCGGGAUUACCGGGGCGCCGAUACUUCGAUCGGUCAACA